AUGGCAGCCAAUAAUCAAGAGGAGAAAGUUGGAGAUAUUAAUGUUUUGGACUAUAUUUUAACUGAAGAACAUAACUCUGAAAUUGAACAAGAUCAAAAUGAGGAAAAGGAUUCAAAAAGAAAAUGUGACCAAAUAGAAACUGCUGAAGGUAAGAGUCAAAAAUCUUCUGGACAUUCAAGACAAUUGACUCCAAAGUCACCUAGCUUCUCUAUUAGCAAUAACAAAAGAAUAAUUAGUACAAAAGGAAAGCCAGUAACAGUGCAUGCAAGUGAAGAUUACCAGAGGUCUGAAAGAUCUGAAGGAAAACACCAUUUAUCAAGUGGCAGUUCCCUAGAGCCAUAUGAAAGUCAACCUGAAAAGACUUCAACCAGGAAAAGGGAUCUAGAAAGAAGAACUGAGUCUUCCACACCAGAUAGUGCCCAGAGAAUUAGGCAGGAUUUAGAUAGGUGGCACAAUAGAUCAAAUCUUUCUUCUAAAGAAGAAAUAAGGUCUGAAAUACAUGACCAUGAUAGUGGCAACAGGGACUCUUCUGAAGAGCAUGGAAACUGCAAAAGGAAUGAGGAAGAAGGAAUGGAAGAAGAGGAAGAGUGGGAUGAUGAAAGAAAAGAUGAAGAUGAUAGAGGGGAGGAUGAGCAAGAUGAGGAAGACCAAAAAGAGAGAACUAACUCUGAUACUCGAAGUGAAGUCAAUGACUCUUAUUCUGAGACUGUACCUUUCAUAGAAGGGUCAGUCCCAUCUGAUUCUAGCACAGAUGGAUCAGAUGAGAAAAAGGAAGGAAGGAAGAGAGCCAGAGGCAUAGCUUCAAUUGUUUUUCAUAGAAGUACAAGUUUUGUAUCAGAAAAGAAGCACAAGAAAUCAUCAUCUUCUGUUCAUGCUGAUCAAAAAGAUCAAACAAAGAAACUUAAAUAUAUUCUUCAGGAUGCAAGAUUUUUCCUUAUAAAGAGUAGCAACUAUGAAAACAUCUCUCUUGCUAAAGCCAAGGGUGUAUGGUCAACACUUCCAGUAAAUGAAAAAAAAUUGAAUUCUGCAUUCAGAUCUGCAAGAAAUGUUAUUUUGAUAUUUUCCGUGAGAGAAAGUGGAAAAUUUCAUGGCUUUGCAAGACUCUCUUCAGAGUCCCACCAUGGAGGAUCUCCUAUACAAUGGGUUAUGCCUGAAGGUAUGGAUCCUGAAAUGCUUGGAGGUGUCUUUAAAAUUGACUGGAUUUGUAGGCAUGAAUUGCCCUUUACCAAAGCUGUUCACCUUACCAAUCCUUUGAAUGAGCAUAAGCCAGUUAAAAUUGGAUAUGAUGGACAAGAAGUUGACCUUGAAUGUGGAACCCAACUUUGUCUUCUAUUUCCCCCUGAUGAAAGUGUUGACUUGUCUCAGGUCAUUCAUAAAAUGCAUCAAAAGAGAAGAAUGCAUUCACAGUUUCAUCCAUCCCAUCAAGAACCAGUCCAGGAUGUGAGAUGGCACCAGUCAGAAGAUAAUGAUGUUCAUAACAGCAGAAAGAAACCAAGGAUUGACUAUGACCCUGGGUUUCAUCAGAGACCAGGGCAUAGAAAGGAUCCACAGUAUCAAGAAACAGACAGAAGAUUUUCAGGAAUUCCCAGAGAUAUUUUCUUAAAUGGGUCCUAUGAUGAUUAUUUGAGAGCAUUUUACAACAUGAGACCACCACCACCAAUGCAGGGAAUGUUCCCUUAUCUAGAAAUAUCUUCCUAUUAUUCUUGCUAUCAGAAUCAUGCUCUUCCUUUUCAAUACUCUUAUUCAGGACAUCAACCCAUACCACAUGAAGCAAGAUACAGAGAUAAACAAGUAUGUAAUUAUGUUAGUGGUCGAAGAAGUAGAUCCUGUGAAAGAGAUAGAGAUAGAGAAUGUGAUAGUUCCAGAUAUACCAGAAGAGACAGGGAGAAGGAU